CGGGCUGCUGAGAGCUCGAGCCGAGGAGCGGGAGCGUGGUACCUGCUGCUGCCGCCAGACGCAGAGCAUCGGACGCGCACGCGGUGGCCUGGGGCAGGAAGGAGAAGUCAUGACGUCCAUCAGUGAAAAUGUUCUCUUUGGAAUGGGAAAUCCUCUUCUUGACAUCUCUGCUGUAGUGGACAAAGAUUUCCUGGAUAAGUAUACUCUGAAACCAAAUGACCAAAUCUUGGCUGAAGACAAGCACAAGGAACUAUUUGAUGAGCUUGUGAAAAAAUUCAAAGUCGAAUAUCAUGCUGGUGGUUCUACUCAGAAUUCAAUGAAAGUGGCUCAGUGGAUGAUUCAGCAGCCACACAAAGCAGCAACAUUUUUCGGGUGCAUUGGGAUCGAUAAAUUUGGAGAGAUCCUGAAAAGAAAAGCUGCUGAAGCCCAUGUGGAUGCGCAUUACUAUGAACAGAACGAACAGCCGACAGGAACUUGUGCCGCGUGCAUCACUGGUGACAACAGGUCCCUUGUUGCUAAUCUUGCUGCUGCUAAUUGUUAUAAAAAGGAAAAACAUCUUGAUCUAGAGAAAAACUGGAUGUUGGUAGAAAAAGCAAGAGUUUGUUAUAUAGCUGGCUUUUUUCUUACGGUUUCCCCGGAGUCAAUAUUAAAGGUGGCUCAACAUGCUUCUGAAAAAAACAGGAUUUUCACUUUGAAUCUGUCUGCACCAUUUAUUAGCCAGUUCUACAAAGAACCAUUGAUGAAAGUUAUACCUUAUGUUGACAUACUUUUUGGAAAUGAAACGGAAGCUGCCACUUUUGCUAGAGAGCAAGGCUUUGAGACUGAAGACAUUAAAGAGAUCGCUCGAAAGACACAAGCUUUGCCAAAGGUGAACUCAAAGCGGCAGCGACUGGUCGUCUUCACCCAAGGGCGAGACGACACCAUAGUGGCUACAGAAAGUGAAGUCACUGCUUUUCCUGUCUUGGAUCAAGACCAGAAAGAAAUUAUUGACACCAAUGGAGCUGGAGAUGCAUUUGUUGGAGGGUUCCUGUCUCAGUUGGUCUUUGACAAGCCUCUGACCGAGUGCAUCCGCGCCGGCCACUAUGCAGCAAGCGUCAUCAUCCGGCGGAGCGGCUGCACCUUUCCGGAGAAGCCGGACUUCCACUGAGGGAGAGGAGCCGGGAGCUCCUGCCCAGCGCCCCAGCCCUCUCCCCGAGAGAACGGCCUGCUGCCCUCCUGCUCCCCCACCCCGUCCCAUAGUGCUCCUCGCAUCUGUAGUCUCAGCAGCCUGAAGAGUUUAUUUCAUAGUUUGUCAGUGCCUCUUAAACAUCAGUUAAACAAGAACAGAAAUUCUUACUUCAUCUUCAAUUACUCUGUAAAUUCAUGUGUAUUUAGUAAAUGGAGUGGUUUUUUUUUACAUUUCUGCCUUGAUGCAGAUGCAAUUUAAUAUAAUAGAUUUUUUUAAAAAAUUGUAACACGUCUAUCUUUAGCUUUUUAUAUAUAAAUUUAGAAGUGCGUAUAUACACACACAUAGAUAACUGUACCACAUAUAAUCAUAAUAGUCAAUAAGGUACAGAAAUAUACAUCUUGCUAAUGAUUCCAAAUAAUCUGUUCAGUGUGCACUGGAUCAUGUAAUAAACUUUGGAUAACUGAAUAAUUUGCCAAAUGUUAAAUUGUAUUACAAUAUUCAAAUCAUAACCUGCUUACUUAUGAUGCUCUUUAAUUU